GUUUGGGACUACGUGGAAAGGAAGUGGUGUGUGAAAUGAUGUCAAAACAAGACGAUGUUGCUCAUCUGUCCAACACAACUUCAACAUGUUGGUGGUUUUGUGCUGUAUGUAAUAGCAGUUUGAUUUUGCAUCAGAACAGCAGUUAAUCACAUAACAGACGAUUUCGUUAUUUGUUUACACAUUUGUAAGCCCGAUGACAGUUCCGGGCCUGGAAUGCAUACAGUCGCUUAUGUAGUUGUCGCCAGUUAAGUUAUUAGUGGCUUAGUAUACUACAUCGAAGUGGGUUUUAAACCUAGAGAUGAGUUGGUUUAAUGCAACUCACUUGUCUAGUUUUGCCAAACAGGCUUUUACGACAGCUCAGAAAUCAAUCGACAGGGUUUUGGACAUCAAGGAGGAAGACCAAUGGGGAGACACUGUAAUGCCUUCAUAUGAUGUACCUGGAACAGGUUCUUCAGCAAGUGGGGGGUGGGGUACCACUCAGUGGGCAUCUCCCCCAGAAGAAUCCAUAAGUUCUGGAUCUACAGAAGCAAUCACGACCCCUGUCACAAGGACCGUUGUGGACGAAUCUGAACAUUUCUUCAGUGUCUUUUUGUCUUCAACAGACCUACAAAGUGUCAAAAAUACUCCAGUGGUUUCAAUACCUCCUACAAAAGCACCUAGGCCCAAAGAGGAAAAUAAAGAAAUAAGUGAUACUUCAAAUUCUAGGCAGACAGAUUUGGUUGAAACAACUGGGAAGCUGGAAAUAAAAGCCCAAACUGAUCCCAGACCUGAGAAUAUUGAACUAACAAAGUCUGAUUUGGAUGUGGCUACUGAUGGACAGGAAACACUAAAAGAGUGCAAGGGGGAAUGUGUUAAUGAAGAAAAAAUAAGUGAUAACUCUAUAAAAAUAGAGUUUUCUGAAGUGAAACUAAACCAGUCUGUUUCACCCACCAGUACAAGUACAAAGGCAACUGCUGGGAAUGGGCAAUCUGUUGGGAGUCCUCCUGACAGCCCCGCAAAACCACACACAGAAUCCUCAAAAGACUUGAUACUGGAUUCAAAAGACGCCAAAUCUGAAGACAGGCAGAGCCACACGCCUUCGCCUCCUGUCAGCACUUUCUCUUCAGGAACAUCAACAACGAGCGACAUUGAGGUGCUUGACCAUGACAGUGUCAUAAGCGAGAGCUCAGCCAGUUCAAGACAAGAGUCUAACGAAUCCAAAGCUAGUUUGCAUUUAAUGCAGACUUCUUUUCAGCUUUUGUCUGCUUCUGCCUGCUCAGACUUCCAGCGUCUGGACGACUAUCAGAAGCUCACGGAGAGCUCUGGCUCCUCGGAUGCUUUUGAGAGAAUCGACUCUUUCAGCAUGCAAACCCUUGAUAGCCGGAGUGUUAGUGAAAUAAACUCGGAUGAUGAAUUGCCAGGCCGAGCUUGCACCUUGGCUUCAGUUACCACAAGCCGCACUGCUUCAACUCCUGUGGCAGCAAAUCCAGAUGAGAGCAAAAGUGAAGAACUGAAUGACACCGUGAAAGACAGGUCUCUGGAAGAGAAUGAAAUGGAAGAGAGUUGUCGCAGUGCAACUCCUGUUAAUUGCGAAGAACCUGAAGAAUUGAUAGAGUCUGAUCAAGCAAGUUCAGUGUUCUGCACAGUGACUGAUGAGCCCGAACAGACUUCAGUCCACCCUACAAGCAAGGAAGGCCAGGCAAACCCAGUUUAUCAUAAUAUGCAAAAGGUUAUUGAUGAUCUGACGAUCAGACUGGAAAAGAGAGAAACCCAGAUAUUAGCUGUCAGUAAAGACAAAGCAAGACUGGAAGAAGAAUAUGACAAUCUUAAAGAUGAGAUGAUAAACCUGAAGGAAGAAUGUUGCAGUGUUCAGUCUCUUAAAGAAGAGUUUACCCAGCGAAUCGCUGAUGCUGAAAAGAAAGCACAGCUAGCCUGCAAAGAAAGAGAUGCAUUGAAGAAGGAAGUGAAAACACUUAAAGAGGAACUGUCUACAAGACUUAAUUCAAAUGAGACCGCUGAAAUUAUCAAGGAGAAGGAUGAGCAAAUCAAGGGUCUGCUUGAAGAAGGUGAAAAACUUUCCAAACAGCAACUUCACAAUUCCAACAGCAUAAAGAAGCUGAGAGUGAAGGACAAAGAAAAUGAAAGCCUGCUCUCAAAACAAAGCAAAAAAAUCAAGGAGUUGGAAGAGGAGCUGAAGCAUUUGCAGCAGGUGUUGGAUGGCAAAGAGGAAGUGGAAAGGCAGCACCGUGAAAGCAUUAAGAAGCUGAACAGUGUGGUCGAGAGGCAGGAGAAUGAGCUGAGCAGGCACCAGACAGACCUGGAGGAGUUUCAAGAGACAAACCGCAGCCUCCAGGCAGCUCUGGAUAAUUCCUACAAGGAGCUUGCAGAGUUGCACAGAGCAAAUGCUACCAAGGACAGUAAAGCUCAGGAGGCUGCACUUAGCCGGGAGAUACAGGCCAAGGAGCAGUUGAGCGUGGCACUGGAAAAGGCCCGGGAAGAGUCAAGAAUGCAACAGGAGGCCUUAGCAAUGCAGGUAGGAGACCUGAGGUUGGCUUUGCAGAGAGCAGAGCAGCAACAAGGUAGAAAGGAGGAUUAUCUCCGUGAAGAGAUCAGUGAAUUACAGCAGAGACUUCAAGGAGCAGAAUCUCGUAACCAAGAACUGAGCCAGAGUGUUACAUCAGCAACAAGACCAUUACUCCGACAGAUUGAAAACCUACAGGCAACACUUGGGGCACAAACCACCUCCUGGGAGAAACUUGAGAAGAACAUCUCAGAUAGGCUUGCUGAUGCUCAAGCACAGCUGGCAGCUGCAGUGGAGAAAGAGCGUGCCGCUAUAGAAGAGCUUCUUACUAUAAAAUCCCAGAUGGCAACUAUAGAGUCCCAGAACAGUCUCAUCCGCCAAGAGAAGAGCCUCCUGCAGGUUCAGCUGGAGUCAGAGAAAUCCAAGCGAGAGAGACUGGAGGAUGAAAGCAGCAGGGAGCAUGAAGAGUUGGAAAAUGUGAAGGCUGACUACACAAGACUACUGGAGGAAUCUAAAAAGCAAAAGAUGCUUCUAACAAGUCAGUUAGAAAUGGAGAAACUGAAGGUUGAGCAAGAAAAGAAGAAAUAUUUUCUAUCUCAAGAAGCAUUAAAGGAAAAGGAAAGAAAAGCCUUUGUUCAUCCUGCCCUAGAAGCAACUACUUUAGCAACUCCAACCUUAUCCCGGUCGAGCUCUAUCAGUGGGGUUGAUAUGGCAAGCUUACAUUCGUCCUUCCUUGCACAGGAUGAUGCCCUUGAUCACUCAUUUGGACCAAUGACCACAACUGCUAGUGGAAGUAAUCUUUAUGAUGCUGUUCGGAUGGGGGCAGGAUCCAGCGUUAUUGAAAACCUGCAGUCUCAGCUGAAGCUACGGGAAGGGGAGAUAAUGCAGCUUCAGUUUGAAAUUUCAAACCUAGAAAAAACACGGACAGUAAUGGCAGAGGAGUUGGUGAAAUUAACCAAUCAAAAUGAUGAACUUGAAGAUCAGGUAAAGGAAAUUCCCAGGCUGCGUGUCCAGCUAAGGGACCUUGACCAGAGAUACAACACCAUUUUACAGAUGUAUGGUGAGAAAGCAGAAGAAGCAGAGGAGCUUCGACUUGACCUAGAAGAUGUGAAGAGCGUGUACAAAAUCCAAAUAGAUGAACUUUUGAAAACAAAGAAAUAACUAAAACCUCCCUGCAGAACUAUGUCACCAUGUUUAGUACGAGAAAAAAUUGAAUGAAGACUGGAACAUAGUUGUACAUAGCUAAGCAAACAGCUGCAUUAUCUCAAAUAACGUAUUUGUUACCCCCAAUGUUCCCCUGUAAAAAUGUGAAUUAAAACAAAAUUAAUCAUGAUGAUCCAUUCCUUUACAGCAGGGGUCUCCAGCCCUGGUCCUGGAGAGCCCUAUCCAGCAGGUUUUGUAGGUGUCUUUACAUCAUCAGUGGCUAAAGAUCUGGAAAACCUGUUAGUCUUUCUAAUUAUCAUUUUUGGCCAUUGUUUUUUUUCACUAGGAAUUGCAUGUGUAUUAAAUUAUGAAAAUUAUGAAAGAUUGUUUUAUUGAAGUGGCAGUAUGUUUGUAAUUGAAGGCACCUUUUGUAAUUAACGCUAGU